GAACUCUCAGGUAUGUGGAGCUAAAUGAUACCAAGAUGAUCUGAACAUCUCCAUGAGGGGUCAGGUUCUGUUGAUGAGUUCAAUCCCAGCAUUGGCUGUACUUGCAUACAUCUUCUGGAGGAGAAAAAGCAGACAAUAUCGAACUUUUUCAUCCAAACAAGUUGUGGACUUGUCUGAUAAGAGCCUGAUAACAGUAUCGGGUGGGAAUAGCACUGGUGAAGAGAAGAGGAGUGAGGAAGAUAGUGAGUGCCACGAAGCAAGUUUCUCUGUGUGUCUUGAAUUGGAAUUGAGGUCCUCCAUGGCCAAUCCAAGAGAGGAAGAAAAGGAGCCGUCAGCUGCACCUCAGUGCAUUUCUGGGAGUGAGGAAGCCCAACUGUCUGAGUCCAUGAAGGAGAUGCAUGUUUCUGAAGAUGUUGGGGAUGAGAACUGUUUGACAAAAGAUCAGGAUACAAUCCCCAUGAAUGAGGAGGAGGGGGAUUUGCAAGAGAUUACCAGUGAUGGGGAGGUGACCUCAGAAGUGUUAGAUGGGCGUGCCAGUAGAGACAGUGGAGUGCAGCCAUCUUGCAGUUCCACCCCAACAAGUAUGAUACACUCAUCCCCAAGCCCUCAUGUUUCUCAUCACAUCUCAGACACAUCCAGUGAAGUUUCAUCAGAGAGUGAGAGAACUGUAGAAAUCAUCAAGGGGGAAUCAACACCUGUCAAAGAUCACACAUCAUAUGAUUUUGAACUCCCACAGAAGUAUGUUGGGUUGCUCAUUGGUCGUUUGGGAUGUUUUGUGAAGGAGAUUCGAUCCAGCACUGGUGCUGUCGUGGAAGUCCGACGACAUCCUUCUGAUAACAAAUUCAAGAUCUGCUCUGUAUCUGUGCCCCAGUAUCCCCAACUUGUGCCACAGGGGCCUGGGGUGUUCAUCUCUGCUGCUAAAAUCACCAUUCCAGCUGGGUUCAUGAUUUUCCUUUUUUUGACUGACAAGAAGGAAGGAAAUACCCUGACAGAACUCAAUUUCUGAUCGCAGAAGGAAGUGGAUGGAGCAAUGGAUUUGAUACGGAAACGUUUCCCGAGCAGACGUUUUCCAGAAGUCUCAUUAGAAAAGAUAAAUUUGGUUCCCAUGCAGCCAACUGUCAUAUUGCCCCCAUGCAUGACGCUGAACCUGCCAUCUGGAGUGUCAUUUGAAGUGGUUGUCUCAUGCAUUCUGACUCCAGGACAAGUAUUCCUGCAGCAGAUCACUCACCCAACAUUUCCCUCUCUGACUCAGUUGGAUUAUGCUAUGUCAGUAUGCUACAUACAACAGGAAACUCCAAGCCUCCCGAUGCCUUUAGAUGUUGGGAUAGUGGCAGCAGCCCCAAUGGGUGAUGGUUGGUAUCGGGUGAAGACGACUUCAGUGGACAAUGAGACGGAUGAGUGUGUUGUGAACUUUCUUGACUAUGGAGGCCAUGCCACACUCCCCUGCUCCCAUUUGCGACAGAUCAGGGCAGAUUUCAUGACCCUCCCUUUCCAGGCCACUGAAGCAUGUGUUGCCAACAUCACCCCAAUACAAGGAGAAGAAUGGGAGCCUGAGUCAGCAGCUGUACUGCAGAACAUGACUGAAGGACUUGUCCUCCAAGCUCAAGUCACUGGCUGCUCCCCUGAAGGUCUCCCCUCUGUCUACCUCUACAAAACUGAUAAUGGAAAGUGGAUGUUUGAUGAAAUUUGCAAGACAUCCAACACUAGCAAGGAGAUGUUCUCGUACUGUAGCCAGUUCCCACAGACUGCUUUCAUUUUCAUCUGCAAGACACAACUCUUAGCCUUCAACUUCCAGGCAGAAUUGGAAUUGGCAUUAUGUAUGGAAUUGGAAAGGAACUACUCCAUGGGAGAAUGCUGCCUGGAAUAG